AUGGGUUUCUUAGUGGAAGCUUUUGUAGCUUUGAUAUUGUUGUCUCUCGGUUUUGCAAUAACAGAAUCAGCUCCUGAAUCUUCUCUCGUCACCAAACUUCCUGGUUUCAAUGGCAGUUUUCCAUCUAAACACUAUGCAGGGUACGUGGCAAUAAAUAAAGAGCGCAAUAAGAAUCUGUGGUAUUACUUUGUGGAAUCAGAGAGAAACGCUUCAACAGAUCCAGUUGUGCUUUGGCUUAAUGGUGGUCCUGGUUGCUCUAGCAUGGAUGGAUUUGUCUAUGAACAUGGUCCUUUCAAUUUCGAACACACAAAGACCAAAGCACCUCGUUUGCACCUCAAUCGUUACAGUUGGUCUAAGGUUUCGAACAUCAUAUACCUUGACUCCCCGGUUGGCGUUGGAUACUCUUACUCAAAAGACAAGUCUGAUUAUAUAACUAAUGAUACGCAAACGGCGUCUGAUUCUUAUGCAUUCCUUAUCGAGGGGUAUUUGGUGGGUAAUGGAUGUACUGAUCCGGUGUUUGAUGGUAACGCUCUAGUCCCCUUUGCACAUGGAAUGGGACUCAUCUCUAGUGAACUAUUUGAGGAGACUAAAGCGGCGUGCAAUGGACAGUACUAUAUAUCGGGAAAUACAACAAAUGGGUGCUCCGGUUUGAUUCAAAAAGUGAAAGAUGAUGUGAGCUUAUUAAACAAAUAUGACAUUCUAGAAUCGUGCUAUCACGAUACAUCUAUGACCACGUUUGACAUCGGAUCUCUUCCUCCGAGUUUCUUUAUGCUGGGCAAAACAGAAAGGCCACUGCCAGUGAGAAAGAGAAUGUUCGGACGUGCAUGGCCCUUAGGUGCCAAUGUGCGUCCAGGUUUUCUCCUCAGUUGGCCUCAACUCCUUGCUGACUCCUCCUCCCUUUCUUGCAUGGACGAUAGAGUUGCAACCACCUGGCUGAGCGAUCCAUCCGUGAGAAAAGCGGUUCAUGCUAAACAGGAAAAUGAGAUUGGGAGCUGGAAAUUGUGUACAAACCAAGUCUUAUACACUCAUGAUACUGGAAGCAUGAUCGCAUACCAUAGAAACCUCACUCUUAAUGGCUAUCGCGCUCUCAUCUUCAGCGGAGAUCAUGAUAUGUGUGUACCAUUUACUGGCUCUGAAGCAUGGACUAAGUCCAUGGGAUACAAGGUGGUUGAUGAAUGGAGGCCAUGGAUGUCAUAUGGCCAAGUCGCCGGGUUUACACAAGGGUAUGCCAACAAUCUCACAUUUCUAACCAUCAAGGGUGCAGGACAUACCGUUCCGGAAUACAAACCGCGUGAAGCCUUGGACUUCUAUAGCCGUUUUCUAGCAGGAGAAAAGAUGUAG